AUGUUUGAUUUUAUGGAAUUUCAAGUUUUCGGUCCCGGAGAAAUCAUGGACUUCUACAGCACUUCCAGCCCUGCCUGCGUGCUGCAGGAGCAGAAGCAAGAUUUGGCGGAUUUCUUCCCGGAGCUGAUCGAGUCGGACUGGCAGGAGCACCGCUGCUCGCAAUCAGUGGGAAGCCAGAGCUCCAGCUCCAGCUCAGACGAUCUGUUCGCCAGCCCCCCCUCUCCGCCUCCACCUCCACGCACUUACAAGCCCUGUUUUGUGUGUCAAGACAAGUCCUCGGGCUACCACUAUGGAGUCAGCGCCUGCGAAGGCUGCAAGGGCUUCUUCCGCCGCAGCGUACAGAAGAACAUGGUGUACACCUGCCACCGCGACAGGAACUGCAUCAUUAACAAGAUCACCAGGAACCGCUGUCAGUACUGUCGGCUGCAGAGGUGCUUCGCUGUGGGAAUGUCCAAAGAGUCGGUGAGAAACGACCGAAACAGCAAAAAGAAGGGGAAGAAGGAAGCAGUGAAAAUGACCAUUAUGGAGACGUACGAGCUGACGGCGGAGCUGGGCCUGAUCGUGGAGAAGAUCUGCAGGGCUCACAGGGAGACCUUCCCCUCGCUUUGCCAGCUGGGAAAAUACACCACAAACUCCAGUUCAGACCACAGGAUCCAGCUGGACCUCGGGCUGUGGGACAAGUUCAGCGAGCUCGCCACCAAGUGCAUCAUCAAGGUGGUGGAGUUCGCCAAGCGAGUUCCCGGCUUCACCGGCCUCACAAUCGCUGACCAGAUCACUCUGCUCAAAGCCGCCUGCCUCGACAUCCUGAUCCUGAGGAUUUGCACACGCUACACACCUGACAAGGACACCAUGACCUUUUCUGAUGGAUUGACCUUGACCCGCACUCAGAUCCACAACGCAGGAUUCGGGCCGCUGACCGAUCAGGUUUUCACCUUUGCUGGGCAGCUGCUGCCGCUAGAGAUGGACGAAACGGAAAGCGGGCUCCUCAGCGCCAUCUGUCUCGUCUCUGGAGACCGGCAGGACCUGGAGGAGCCGUCGAAGGUGGAAGUGCUGCAGGAGCCGCUGCUGGAGGCGCUGAAGAUCUACUCCCGUAAGAGGCGGCCAAGCAUGCCCCUCAUGUUCCCCAAGGCCCUGAUGAAGAUCACCGACCUGCGCAGCAUCAGCGCCAAAGGAGCUGAGCGAGUGGUGACGCUGAAGAUGGAGAUCCCAGGCUCCAUGCCUCCGCUGAUUGAGGAGAUGCUGGAGGAUCUCGAAAACCUGGAGAAACACCAGAAGUCAGGCACCAUUCAGCACAUCCACAACUCCUCUGGUUUCUCACUCUGA